AUGAAAAAGUUAAAGCAGCAGCAGCAGCCUCAGCAGCCCCAGCAGCAGGAUUCUGAAAGCUCUGAGCAAGCACCAUCAUCAUCAUCUUCACAUCAAACAUUAGAUCAAAUUUAUUCACCUAAUGCUAAAACUUCAUCUUCUUCAACUUCAACAACAACAACAACUGCAACAGAUCAAGAAUUUGUAUCGCCUACUAAAUCCCUCAAACAAUUCUUUUUCAAGAAUAGAUUAUCUUCUUACUCAAUUGAGAGUAUAAGUGAAGAACCAGAACUAGAAACUACCACUAAAAAGAAAACUACCACAACUAAUAUUUCAAAUAAUGAAUUAACUCCAACUAGAUCACCAAGAAUAUUAAAUUUUAAUUUAAGACCUAAAUUUGCAAGAUCAAGAUCUUCAGGCUUAUCCGAUACUGGUUCACAACAACUGAAAUAUCCAGCAUUACAAAAUAAAAAUAUAACCCUAGAAGAUUUUGCAGAUACUGAUUCAUCAGAUGAAAGUAGAAUUAGUCAAGAACCAGAUCAUGAACAUGAACAUGAACAUGAACAUGAACCAUCACAUAUAGUCGACGAAUCAUUCAGUUCUGUAUUACAAGAAUAUACCAAUAGAGAUUCAGAAAGUAGAUUUAUUGAACAUGAUUCAAGACCAAAUAGUAAACUUUUAACUGCUGAUGAAAAAGAAGAACUUAUGGAACUAGCAGAACCACCACAACCUAAUUAUAGUGAGAAUGAGGAACCACUCAACGCGACACCACCACAACAUCAUACAAGUAUAUUAAAUCAACCAUCACCAACAGCCCUAAAUCAAGUUGCAAAUAGAGAUAGUGGAAAUAGUAUAACAUCACUACGAUUUAAAGUUACUGAUAAAAUUGAACCACUUAAAAAUGUCAACAAACAUAUUAGUACAUCUACAAAUGUUGACAUAAAUAGAUCUUCACUACGUGGAUCUUUAGCUUUUAGUGAUGAUAGUGAAAAUGAUAAUAAUAAUUCAAGUGGUCAAAGAUUACCAGAUCCAAAUAUUACACCAUUAGCCACUCCAAAAGCCAAUUUCUUUAAUGAAAGAAAUACAUCAUCUCCUGAAAAUAAUACAAAUACAAGUAAUAUAUCAAAUGAAACUCCAAUUGCAUUAGCUGGACUUAUGCAAUAUUCAUCAUCAGAAAAUAGUAAAAAUAAAAGAUUAUCAUCAAAAUCUCAAUUAGAUGAAACAUUAUUAAAUAAUAAAACAACAGUUCAUACUUUUACAUUUGAUGAAACAAUGCUUGAACCAAAACAUCAAAGUAUGGCAAGAUCAUCAAUGUCAUCGGGAGAAUUAUUAAGAAAUUUAGAAAAUUCUUAUGAAAUUAUAAAUAAUAGUGGUAAUCAAUCAAAUAGACUGCUGCAACCUCAAGUAAUUCAUCAAUUUAAAUUGAAAGCUCCUAUUUCAUCACCUCCACAACCACAAUCUGCUGAAAAUAAUAUGACUGCAGGUAUUGAUUCAACAAAUGAAUUACCUAUAAUGUUAUAUAAAGUUCAUGAUAAAGAUUUUGAUGAAUCAAAAAAUAGAUGGUCAGUUUAUGAAAAUAGAAAUAGCAAUAAUACUAUGAUUAAAGGUAGUACUAGUAAUAAUAGUAAUAUACCAAAAAUAGAACCACAACAACCAAAAUCAUCAAGUUCAUCAUCAUCAAGUGCAUCAUAUCAAUCAAUAAAUCAAAUAAAUCAAAUAAAUGAAAGAUCACAAUCACAAUCACAAUCACCACCAAUAAAACCAGAACCUGUAUUAAAAAGAGAUAGUUCUUUAGUAUUAUCACAACCAAAAAGAAAUAUUUAUCAUUCAUCAUCAUAUAAUCCAAAUCAAACACCAACAAAUUUAAUAGAUUUAGAAAAACAAUUACAACAAUUACCAUAUAUACCAAGACAACAACUAUCAGAAAAACAAGAAGAAAACAUUUACAAAAUCAAAAAUUAUUCCAAUUUGAAAUAUUCAUUAUUAAUGAUAAUUGGAUUAAUUCUUCCACCAAUAUAUUUGUUGGUAGGUAUAGGAAUGUUUGAUGAUCAUACUAGUAAUAAUAAUAAUUCAUUAUCAUAUUAUGGAGGUGGAUUAAGAUUUUAUAAAAAUUAUAAACAAAAUCAAUCUCAAGUAACUAUUAAAAAAUUUACAAAAUGGCAAAAAAUUUUAAGUCUUGUUUUAGGUAUAUUUUGGAUAUUGGUAGUAUUAGCAAUGAUUGGUGUUGGGUUAGGUAUUGGAUUAACUAGAAAAUAA